AAGGGAGGAGAGGUUGGGGGAAGCCGGGGGGAGGAAGGGAGGCGCCCCGCUCCGCCGAUCGCACGGUCCUGCAAACGCGCGUCGGGCGCUUUCCCCGGAGCUUGGCGGUGCGUGCGAGCGCCCUUUUGCAGCAACCGCGGCGGCGGCUGCGGCCCGAGGGGGCGGAAAAGAGGGGGCCGCGGCCGGGCGGCCGGGGGGCGGCAUCCCCCCUCAAAACCGCCUGCAAAGUGCUCGGGGCUGCAGAAGCAGGCCGCCAGCUCCGCGGAGCAAGCAGCUCGCCCCGGGGUUGCCGGGCAGCGCCGCGGUUGCUGGUGGGCGCCGGUGCCCUCGGCGCGGGGCUCGGGCUCACCAUGCCCCUGCGGGGCCGGGCCGCCGGGCACAAGCGGAUUCCCGGCUUGCCCCCGCCUCGACGCGCUCGGAUUAGCUGCAGCCAGCGCCCAAGGAUUUGAAUCCGGACCCUGGGAGGGAGCGCGCCUAGGCCGACCUCCGAGUGGCGGCCCCGCGGCCAACAUGCUUCGCAAAGGGUGCUGUGUGGAACUGCUGCUGCUGCUGCUGGCCGGGGAGCUGCCCCUGGGCGGCGGCUGCCCGGGGGACUGCGUGUGCUACCCCGCACCCAUGACGGUCAGCUGCCAGGCGCACAACUUCGCCGCCAUCCCCGAGGGCAUCCCGGAGGACAGCGAGCGCAUCUUCCUGCAGAACAACCGCAUCACCCUCCUCCAGCAGGGCCACUUCAGCCCCUCCAUGGUCACCCUGUGGAUCUACUCCAACAACAUCACCUUCAUCGACCCCAACACCUUCCAGGGCUUCGUGCACCUGGAGGAGCUGGACCUCGGCGACAACCGGCAGCUGCGGACGCUGGCGCCCGAGACCUUCCAGGGCCUGGUGAAGCUCCAUGCCCUCUACCUCUAUAAGUGUGGGCUCAGUGCCCUGCCGGCCGGCAUCUUUGGCGGCCUGCACAGCCUGCAGUACCUCUACCUGCAGGACAACCACAUCGAGUACCUCCAGGACGACAUCUUUGUGGACCUGGUCAACCUCAGCCACCUGUUUCUCCACGGCAACAAGCUGUGGAGCCUAGGCCAGGACACCUUCCGGGGCCUGGUGAACCUGGACCGGCUGCUGCUGCACGAGAACCAGCUGCAGUGGGUCCAUCACAAGGCUUUCCACGACCUCCGCAGGCUGACCACCCUCUUCCUCUUCAACAACAGUCUCUCUGAGUUGCCGGGCGACUGCCUGGCACCCCUGGGGGCCCUGGAGUUCCUCCGCCUCAACGGAAACGCCUGGGACUGUGGCUGCCGGGCGCGCUCCCUGUGGGAAUGGCUGCAAAGGUUCCGUGGCUCCAGCUCCGCUGUCCCUUGCGUGUCCCCCGAGCCUCUGCAUGGCCAGGACCUGAAGCUGCUGAGGGCCGAGGACUUCCGGAACUGCACGGGGCCGGCGUCCCCGCACCAGAUCAAGUCGCACACGCUCACCACCACCGACAGGGCCGCCCGCAAGGAACACCACCCACCCCGUGGCCCCGCCAGGGACAAGGGCCACCCGCACGGCCAUCUGCCCGGCUCUCGGUCGGGCUCCAAGAAGCCGGGCAAGAACUGCACCAGCCGCAGGAAUCGCAACCAGGUCUCGAAGGCGGGCGCCGGGAAGCAGGCCCACGAGCUGCAGGACUAUGCCCCUGACUACCAGCACAAGUUCAGCUUUGACAUGCCCACGGCCCGGCCCAAGAGGAAGGGCAAGUGUGCCCGCAGGACCCCCAUCCGUGCCCCCAGCGGGGUGCAGCAGGCCUCCUCGGGCGGUUCCCUGAGGGCCUCGCUCCUGGCCUGGAUACUGGGGCUGGUGGUCACUCUUCGCUGAGGACGCAGGGCACCAGCACCCAGCACUGCCACGUGUCCACCAAGGAACGGGAUUUCUUUUCUUUUUUUACAAGUGGAGGAUCUGCUGGGUUUCAGGCAAAGGCUGGGAGAGGCUUCAGCUGCUGUCUGGGCCCUGCCCGGUGGAUGAUAAACCCGAAGUGUACAGCCCCAAGCAGGAGGGGAUUAGUUCAUCCCACGCAGCUGUGCCAGCCAGCCCCCGGCCCAGCACCUAUGGACAGCAGCCACCCAGCACGGCAGUUAGAGCCGCAGAGCGAAUCCUUCAUUAGCAACGAUGGGACAGUGCCCCACGGGAGCUGGGCUCUGUGGAAUCCUGGUCAUUUGGAGAGGUCUGAAGGGCCCCCGCCGCUUCCGGAGGAAGCAGGACUCAGAGAACAGACAAGGGUCACCAAAGAAGCUGGGUCCACCAGCUAUCUGGGAGCACAUGAGCAGGUGGCAUUUUGGCUCUUGCCUGAGGCCACUUAGUCACCCUGCCCUGAAUCCAACCAUGUGUCACCUUCAGUCCCUCCCUCGGGGGUAACGCCUCUCAUUCCUGAUGUCUCAGGCAACCCUGGCAGACCCAGGCCCAACUGCUGGCUCCAAGAACCAAUUACCAAAGGAAAGAUCAUCAGAGGCUGAAAUUUAGAACUUCAUCGUGUGCAAUGAGGUUCUCACAGGAGGUGCAGUUUUAUAACUAUGUCCACUUUAUAUAUAUAUAUAUACAUAUAUAUAUAUAUAUAUAUAUGUAUAUAUAUAUACACACACAC